AUGGAGUUUUUUGAAUAAUUUAAUAAUAAGGAAAUUACAGAAGAGAGAUUUGUUGAAUAAUUACAAACUCUAACUACUAAAAUACAAAAAAAAAGUACAUUGAAUUCAGAAUAAAUUCUUUAAAUAAACUAAUAAAUUGAAUAAAUCGAUGAUUCAUGUUUCAAUUCUAAUGUUGAAUUAUUCAUUAAAUUUGCUCUAUAUAUAUCAAAUAGAGGUGUCUAUGAAUUACUAUAUUAAUUGGGUUGGGAUAAAAUUCUAUUACAAAAAGAUAAUAAUGAUGCAAAUUUAUUAGGAUUAUAUAUUAUUAAACGUGUUUAUUAUUCUGAGAAUCAUAAAGUUCUUAUUAUCUUUUUAAAUGAGUAAAAUAAACAUCACUAAUUAUUAGUAUAUUAAGAUAACAAAAAACAGUUGAAAAGAAAUUUGUACUUCUAGAAAUAUAUGUAUAAAUACUUCCUAAAAUAGAAAAAAGAGAAAUUCAUUUAGCAGUAAUAUUUCCUGUUAUUCUAAUUGUUAUUAAUGAAGGAUUGCAGAAAUUCUUAAAAUAUAAAUAAUAGUAAAUUCAAAAUGAUUUGAAUGAAGAUAAUAAAUUUACUAAAUUGUAUAUGAACAAUUUUCAAAAUUGGACUGUUUCAUUUUUUAAGAGAAUUUUUGAUUCAAUUAAAAAAUUUCCUGAAAUUAAAACAUAAUUAGUAGCUAUACGUGAAUUGUAUGGUAUUGAUACUAAAUAUGAUUAUUUUGAUAAUUAAUUAAGUAGAAAACCUGAGGAACCAAAGUUAUUAGUUAAGCAUUAUACUUUAUUAUUCUUAUCAGAUUUAAUAUAAGGGAUUUUGGAGGCUGAAUAAACUAUGAAGGAUUCUUAAUUGGAUUAAGAAGUGAUAUAAACAUUAUUGACUUAAACAAAUUAAAUGGUUAAUGAAAUUCAUGAUAAUAAAUUGGAGAUAAUAGAAAAUUAUAUAAAUUGGAUAAGAUUCAGUAUUUAAUUUGAUAAAGAAUUACCUUAACAAUAUUUGAGUUAUUCAAAUGAAUAAACAUAUAAUCCAGCAUUUGUUUGUUAUUUGACAAAAGAAUUAUUGAUAAAUAGUAGUUUGGAGUAAAUAUUAACAGUAGAUUAUAAAUUGAAAAUAUUGAUAGGAGUUUUGUAUGAAUAAAAGAAGUUAACAGCAUUUAAAUGUGAUAUACAAAGUAAAUUAAUAGAAUUGAUUGUUAAGUAUUUAAAUUAGAGAGAUAUUACAAUGAAAUUGAAGGCAGCGAAUCAUUUUACAACACCAUUUGAUUAAAUAAUAAUAUUAAUAAUGGAGAAAGCAGGUUCAGGAUUGGCAGAUGAGAAGCCAUAUAUAUCAGCUUGGAAAAAAGCACAAAAUUCAUUUAUACCAGAGGCAUGGACAAGAAUAUUAGAAUAAUGUAUAAAUAAAUCAUAAAAUUAUGUUUUGUUAUCACAUUUAGUAAAUCAUUUUAGAAGUGCUCAGGCAUAAAUAGAGAAUGAAAUAUUAUUGAAGAAUUAUGAUAUUUUGAUUUAAGCAAUAUAUAGAAAAGAGAUAGGAAAUAUUGAUGAGAAAUUAUUAUUAUUUGAUUCUGCAACAUUUUUAUUAUAAUAAUUGGUAAUAAUUUAUAUGAGUAUAAUAGUAGUUAAAAAAGGCAGAGAUGAAAAAUUAAUUUGAAUAGAGAUGGAAACCUUUAUUAAAGAAAUAUGAAAAAGAUUUAUAGUAAUCGAUAGAUUAUUUGGAAAUAAAAAAGAAAGAAGGAGGUUAGUAAAAAUUAAAGGAGGAUUAAGUGUUUUAAGGAAUCUUAGAAUAAGAGAGAAAUUUAAAAAUUUCUUAUUACAAUUUAAACUAGGUGUUGUAGUGAAAAAAGAU